AAUUAUUAUGAAGAAGAGCCCAAUCUUUCUGGGAAUAUUAACGCCUCGUUAAGCAGAAACAAAUCUAUUGAAAUAGAAUGGACCCCACUAUUCCCCGAAUGUAUCGCAUACAAUUCUGGUGUCUGGAUUCGAGUCUUUGAAUCCGACACUCCUUCGUCAGCAGAGACGUACUUGUCCAUCCCAAGGAAAUGCUUGACCGAGAAAUACAACUCCAUCUUCUCUUUUGUCAUACACUCGCCCACGAAAUCUGACGACCCGACUAAGGAAAGCGAUUGCCACUUCGAGCUAACGAAUGUUCUGAUCGAGUGUCGGUCUUACAAGAUUGAACUUAUUCCGAAUUAUGAGUCACUCAAGGGGAGACCACUUACCACCGAAAUUGUUACUCCUUCCACAAAUGGCAACUCAAUCGAUAUGAAAUCGCUGUUAAGCGUUGCCACUAGUUCGAGUUCGUUGUCUUUAAAUUGGAAAGACAAUUCCGGUUGCGCAACUCAACUGACAUCCUUUAAUUUAAAGACUUUCCUUGAUGGAAAAGUGAAUGCUACAGAAGAAGUUGAACCCGCACUUGAAGUUUCCCCGCACUUGUCUGGACCAACAGAGGAAUGAAAAGAAUCUGUUCUCACUUACUUUAUCUGCCGAUCACACAUGCCCGGUGAAAUGGACGUCGUUGGACGCUUGUAGGAAGUACGCAUUUGAAAUGAAAUCAGAGUAUUCCAAGACUUGGAGUAGCGCGCCACAUUUUUGGGAGACAUUCACGUCCCAACAAGGACGUCGCCCGAUAGAUAAUAAAUAUUAUUUUCGCUAUUGCUCGGAAUCUGAGGGUUUUUAUUGCAUGAACAUUGUUUAUCGCAAUCAGCAGCAGCAAUAUUAUUUGCGUUCUCGCGGUGUUACUCAGCCUGGUUGCCUGAAUAGAAAUCAAAUUUGCGAUGGACACACGGACUGCGCUUCUGGAGUCGACGAGGAGAACUGUGAUGGCAAUUGCAUCGCUGGAUUUAAGUGUGGUCGACAAUGCAUUUCCAAAGAAAAAGUGUGCGAUGGCAACUACGACUGUGUUGACGGUUCUGAUGAACACUAUGAUUGUGAAUACGCCAAGUCGUGCAGUGAGCUAAAGGACACUUACGGAAGUUUCUCUUCUUUGACUAUCGAUUCGGAUAACGUAUUUAAAAAUGCCGCCCAAAAAACUAUCGUCGCAAUAUCGGUACAAAGCAACCAAAUCAUUUGGCUAUCUUUCAGUAUGUUCAACACUAAAGAAAACCAUUUAGUGAAGGUUUACGAUGGGCCCUAUUCGACCAGUCCUCUUCUUUUGUCACAAAGCGGAUCUACUAAACCUUCCUCCAUUCGAUCGUCAGCCAAUAAUCUGUAUGUGGAAUUUCCUUCUUAUUACGACAAAAGCUACGGCAUUAGCGUGUCCCACACAAGUAUGGACAACAUGGAGAAACCGCUCGUUCCAGGGUGCGGAGGUUAUGUCUAUGGGGACGGUUCGGUAUCCUCGCCGAAUUAUUUGUCUAAUAAUAAUAACAAUUUUGACGAAUGUUUCUGGUUCGUGGAAGCUCGGCAAAGCGACGGAGUCAUAUUUGUAAAGAGAAAUAGCGCCCCGACCGUCAGAUCUCUUCCUUUUACGGUUCUCUCUACGCUUCCUUCUGAGCUUCCCAUCAUGACUGUCUACGACGGUUGGAACUCAUCAGGUCAAGUGUUGUACGAUGAAUUGGAUUCUUCUAAACCAGCUCAAGCCAAAAGUGUCGUCUAUUCCGUCAGCCAGAAAAUGAUGAUCCGCUUUACUCGGCCGAAAGUAUCUUGCAGCAGUAGGAACUGGAGCGUGACUACCGUUUACGAUGGCCCCACGGUUAAUUCUCCACUGCUCCUUGAUAAAUCUGGAUUAUCUUCGACACCUUUCGCCGUCAACUCCUCCUCAAACGAAAUGCUCGUCAGAUUUACAUCGGAUGAAAAUAUUACUCUUCCGGGAUUUCUGGCGGUGUACUCUACCGUGUAAAUCUUUUAAACUCUUAAUUUGAAUCUUCUUCUUGUUUUUCCAUGUUUUGAAAAAAAAUUCUGAUAAGAUCAUGAGGUUUCUUUGAUGGUUCCCUUCAGUCGGCUGGAAACAUGUCCUGUAGCCACUGGUGGUCAAAAUACAUAGCCACC